ACCGAGUGUCGGGUACAAGGCAGAGAACAACGUUCACCUGCGCUGGUAGAACGUGCCGAGAUGUGGCUCGCCAGUCACCAUAACAAGGGUAGCCGAUUCCGCACCACACGUUAUAGGCCUCGUGUUGUUUGUCCUCGGAAGCACUCUUUGAUCUCUGCUCACAAGUCGUUAUCAGCACGCACCAUCGUCGAAGUUGCCGCGCAGGUCUCUCCCUGACUCUCACCGUCGCCGUUACCCUCUCCCGUGUAGUCUCGCUUUCCCUCCUCAGUCGCCAUGGCUAAGAGGCCUAAGAAGAAUAUCUUCAAGUCUUUUCGGCGACAGCCCUCCUCUACGCCUGAGCACAAGUCAAGACCUGCGAGCAAGGGAUUUCAUCGCCUCAUGUCGCUCCUGUGUCGGGGAGGUUCCUCGCCGUCCCUACAUAUGCCGAGGUCGACAAGCCCAUUCCGAAGACAGUUCAGUUCGCAGGCAGUGCACCCCCAAGCAGACUCGCUGCUCGAGCAUUCAGAUGUCCGCCUCCCAGCGGGCGCCUCCGAUUCCGACGCUCCCAGCUCAGGCGACCAACCUGCCGAUCCAGGCGAGGGCGUCGAACCCCCUGCAACGUAUGAGUCCCCCAGUAGGGCCAUGAUAGGCCUAGCUGUGUUCAAAAGCGCGCUGCAGAUCACGGAGAGGGCCGCCGACGUCUUUCCCCCUCUCAAGUCAGCCGUGGGGGGUCUGCUGGGAAUCCUCGACUUGGUCGAGACGGUUGUCGAUGUGCAUGAAAAGUUCAAGCGCAUCACAGAGAAAGUCUCCCUCGUGACGGAGGUGGUUGAGAUGUAUCGAUCUUUGGACUCAGGCCGUCAGGGCGAGAUGAUGAAGUACCUGGACAAGGUCGCGGACGAACUCAACGCAGUGGAGGAAAUCGUACAAAAGAAACAGGAUCGCAAGAUUAGCAAACGCAUAGUUCUUGCGCCAGCCGACGUCGACGAAGUUGAACGACAGUUCCGUGCUGUUGGGGAUGCCACGGACCUUUUCCUUUUGUUAGUCAACGUACGCCAGAUUGCGGCAUUGGAAGAGUUGCGUAGGCUUAAUCAGUCAUCGCAUGCAAACUCAGCCAGCCGGAUCCAGUUUGAUUACCUGGACAAGCUGUCUGGGAGUGAGUCGGCCCGCUACGAUGCGAUAGACAUCCCCUUCUGUACCACGGACACCCGCAUUCAGCUCCUCGAAGACGUCUUUACUUGGGCAGCAUGCAACCAGGGCGAGGAUGUACCGUCGAUCUUCUUCCUGAACGGAGUCGCGGGAUCUGGGAAGAGCACUAUUGCGAAGACGUUGUGCGCUUCGUGGAAUCACGCAGGCCGCCUGGGUGCUAGUUUUUUCUGCUCUCGCCGCAAGGCCGAGCAGCGGGAUGUGCGGUCCAUCUUUCGGACACUUGCGUACCUCCUAUCACUGUCUUCACCCUCAUUCGCGGAUGAGGUCGUCAAGGUGCUGCGAGAGAACCCGCUCGCUGCCAGUGCGAACAUCGAGGAGCAGUUUCGUCUUCUGAUCUCCGAUCCAGCGACUGCCGCGUUCACUGCAGUGGGUCCAGUGCCAGUCGUCGUCGUGGAUGCUCUUGAUGAAUGCGAUGACGCGGAUGCGACAGAAAACCUGCUGAAGGUCAUCGUAAAACACGGACGCCAGCUGCCUCUCAAGUUCUUCAUAACUAGCCGGCCCGAGCAUCACAUCAGGACCAUGUUCAGGCAGCCAGGCUCGCGACAUCUACGGCUGCGUGACAUCGAGCGCGAUAUUGUUGACGAAGACAUCCGUAUAUCUCUGACGGCAGAACUGUCCGAUUUUGAAGAUGUUCAGUUGUCUCCCGAGGACAUCAAGAUUCUUGUGGACCGCUCGCAGGGUCUGUUCAUCUAUGCGGCCACGGCCUGCAAAUACAUCAAAGCGCGUGACGUACCAGAGCCUCCGCAGGAGCGGCUACGUGAACUGGUUGCUCCGCAUGCAGAUCAUCCCCCCACCGGUAUUGAUGAGAUGUACGACUACAUCCUUGGCCAAGCUCUUCAGCGCUUGAAUGGCGACCAGUCGACGAGGGUUCUGCGGUGCUUACACGCAGUCGUCUGCGCGCGCAAUUGGAGGCCUGCCGCCGGUUGCGCGGCAAGACGCACUCGUCUUCGGACGGGAACGGAACAGGAACGAUGUGUGUGAUUUCAAUCUACGGACGGUAUACGAAAGCGGGUGGAUAGUACGGGGGGAACGGGAGUGGGGAUGGGGUGGUU